AUGUAAAACUUUUCUACGGGCCACUAAGUUCGAGCUGGGUGUGCGUGAUAUUUAUCCAGGAGGAAGAGCAGGUUAGAGUUAAAAACAUCCUCUUGAGAAGCAGAAAAUGGAAGUGACAAAAGACAAAAAAUUUAAAGACGAAACACCAGAAAAAACUGAAGUUCAGGAUGUCACUGAUCUCUUUGGAAAAUAUGGGGCAUGGCAAAUAAGAUUCUUGGUCUGGAUGAUUCUUGGUGGACUACCAUCUUGUUGGAACAACCUGGUUAUACCAUUCUUGGCUCCAGAAGUGGAUUACUGGUGUCAGAAACCCAGCGUAUCGUUGUUCGACAAUAUGACGACCGAGGAAUGGAAAUUAUUAGCGAUCCCGAAAGUUGGAUCAGAGUACAGCAAGUGUUCAAUGUAUGACAUAAAGUUCAAUGGGACCGAAAAGAAAGACAUUUUUAUUAACGUCAACAAAACUAUACCUUGUGCAAAUUUUGAGUUUGAUCAUUCUCUCUACACUUCUACAAUACAAGAAGAGUGGAGCUUGACCUGCAACAACAACUGGUUAAUUUCCCUCAGUCAGUCCAUUUACAUGGCCGGGUUUCUGAUCGCCGUGUUAGUUACGGGACAAGCUUCUGAUAGGGUUGGCCGUCGCCCUGUGAUGUUAUUGUGUUUGUUCAUCAUGUGUGUGGCAGGAUUUGUCGCUGCUUUUGCUCCAAGUUUUACUGUGUUUGUCAUUGCUCGUUUCUUUAUCGCCCUUGGAAAGUCUGGACUUUAUACAACGUCGUUUAUCCAUCUGAUGGAAUCUUGUGGGCCUGAACACAGGACCUGGCUAGGUGUGGGAUCGGGAAUUGGAUGGUCAAUUGGUUACGUCACUCUCCCUGGAAUAGCGUGGCUCACUCGAGACUGGUUUAUGACACAGUUGGUGAUCACUGUGCCAGGACUAGCUUUAGUUUCUUUAUGGUGGCUUAUUCCUGAGUCGCCACGGUGGUUACUAUCCCAGGAAAAAAUGGAAAAAGCUGAAGAAGUCGUGAAGAAACUUAUGAAGAUUAACAAAAAGGAAUGUGCAGAUCUUCCGGCUGCAUUACAACAAAUCGUAAAUAAAUCGAAGAAGAAAGUAGAAAACGAUGAGAAAAAACGACAUGCCAAUAUGUUGGAUCUUCUUAGAACGCCUGGUUUGAGGAAAAACUCUUUGGUGCUUUUCUUUAUAUGGUUUGUGACAGCUUUCAUCUUUUACGGACUCUCCCUCAACACAAAUGACCUUUAUGGAAAUCCUUUCUUAAAUUUUUUUAUUGCUGGAGCUGUUGAAUUCCCAGCUCAGUUUUUGGCCUUUGUUAGUCUGAAAUAUUUCGGUCGAAAGAUGCCGCUGUUAGCUUCACUUUUUAUUGGAGGUAUAGCUUGUUCUUUAACCAUUCCUGUUCCUGCAGACCUUCAAUGGUUAAGAACAACUUUCGCAAUGCUUGGGAAGCUCUGUAUUACUGGGACUUUUGUAUUCAUCUACAUCUACUCGGCUGAAACCUUCCCCACGGUGGUGAGGAACGUCGGUGUAGGAUGUUGUUCUACGGUUGCCAGAAUAGGAUCUAUCAUUGCUCCCUUUGUCAAAGAACUGGGUAGAGCAACCAACCCUAAUGUCCCUCUUGGUAUAUUUGGAGCUAUCUCAGUUUUCGGUAGUUUCCUGGUGCCUUUGCUUCCUGAAACCAAUAUGCAUACGAUGAUGGACACUCUAGAACAAGGAGAAGAGUUUCACACGAAAAAUCCCAAGAAAACAAAACCAGAGAAGUUAGAGCUAGCUACUGUAUCUCGACCAGUAGAAGUAUAGAAAAAAGAAACUACUCACGAGAAACGAUGGUGGAAGUUGAUACAGCUGAUACAACGAAACUUAAUAAAGCUAAUAACCAUUUUAAACGAGGUUUAGGUUCUCAACAAUAAGAAGUUUCUCUAUCAACAACUGAAUUUGUUCAUCGAAAGGCCUAAAAAUGUUAUCUUAACUUUUAAAUAACAGUUAAAUGUAUAUCUUGGUUUAACGUACUAUAUUCGAUAGUUUUUAUGAGAAAUAUAUCUUCAGUCAUUUAUAUAUAUGAGAGUAUUUCAUAAUUAUUUCCCACUUAUCCAUCACCGACAACUAUGAAUUCGAAACACAUAUCAACUACAAAAUUGUAGGAAAUCCAGAUAUAAAUACGGUGAAACUUUCUUCAUUAAAUGUUGUACAUAAAUAUAUAAACAGAUUUAGUUAAAGUAUUUAGGUAUCUAGUUUAUAUGAAUUCUUGAAAAUAAACGCAGCUGAACAAUGUAGUCCAUACGUUUCCAGUUAUGAUAAAAACUGCCCAAAAACUGAAACUACAGACAAUUUCACGUUCAAAUAAUGCUCAGUUUUAUCGCUAUUUCUCAG